AUGGGCUAUGGCGGGCUCUGCCCGAACUCACCGAAGCGCAAAAUCGCCAAAAUCGCCGCUGUUCUGUGCUCGAUGACGGCAUUCUCGAGCCACGCCUGGCCCGAAUGCUCGGUACCCAUGCGCUUUCAGGAACUAUCCAUUCAAGGUGCUAGCGCGGAGAAAGCGCAAGAGAAGUUGCUGGAGAUGUGGGAGAGGAGGACACCUCCUGAUGUGGUGGAGUGUAGCCUGGUGAUUCAUCGCUGGGCCAAGCAGAAAGAUGCAGAUGGUGCUACGUCCUUGUUGCAUCUCAUGCGCGAGCGCCUGGUCAUGCCUGAUGUGGUCAGCUACAACUCCGCAGUGAAUGCCUGUGCGCGUGGCAGCUGCAUCCAUCAGGCUGUGGCUCUGAUGGAAGAGAUGCAGUUCUAUCGGCUCAUGGCCACAGAAGUGAGCUUCAAUUCCAUCUUGCACGCUUGUGCGAGGUCAGGUGACGUGGCGCGUGCGCAAGAGACUCUGGCGGAGAUGGCGAGCAGGCGUUGCGUUCCUGGAAGCAUCAGCUACAACAGCGCCCUGGGCGCCUGUGCAAAAGCUGGAGAUUCAAGGACCGCUCAAAGGAUCUUGCACGAGAUGCCAAGGUUUCUGCGGGAUGUGGUGACUUACAACACUGCAUUGAAUGCUGCGGUGCAAGAAGGAGACUUGGCGACUGCUGAGGAUCUGCUGGCAGAACUACAGCAGGACCUGAGACCAGAUGUGAUCAGCUACAGUUCCCUGAUCAGCGGCUACGCCAAGGCUGCUCUGACGGAGCGAGCUGAAUCGAUGCUGGAAGAGAUGUCCAAGAGUGGCAUUCGACCCAACGCCGUGGCCUACAACGCGGUGAUUGAUGCCUUGAGCGGCACUGCCGAGGAAGCUGAGGAGGUGCUGAAAGAGAUGAGGCGUCAGGAGGUGCUGCCGACCAUCGUCAGCUACAACUCGCUACUGAAAGCCUUUGCAAAGGCAGCCUUACCAGGGGAGGCAGAACGACUGUUGCAUGAGCUGCCGAAGGUGCGGCUCCAGCCGAAUGCCAUCAGCUUCAACACUGCGCUGGGCGCGUCACUUGAUGCGAGGUGUUCCCUGCGGCUCUUCCAGGAGAUGACGGAAGUUGAGGUGCAACCGGAUGUGGUCAGCUUCAAUGCUGCCUUGAACGCCUGUGCGGCGACUGGAGAGGGGGAGGCGGCCCGCUGCUUCCUAGAGGAAAUGACUGACAGGUGGGCUGUGCUGUGCCCCGGUCACCUGGCUGGUACCAUGGUAGAUUCCAUCGAGAUGGUGAUGAUCACUGUUUCCAUCCGAGAAAUCCUGCAGUUUGGUGCUGUUUUGGCACAUCUCAUUGUCUCGCUUGCGCAUAGCGCCGAAUUUAGCGCCUUGGAUGCAGCGCAUCAGAUUCCCUGA